AUGGACACGGCAGCGCAGCUCGUCUACCGUGGAAUCGAUCCUUUUCUCCGUUCCUCUCAUUCCCGCCGUCACAAAAACAUCUCUCUCCGUCGCCGUUCUAACCGCGUCUCCGCUGUCGCUACCGAUCCUAAACCUGCUCCGGUCACAACCGUCAACGGUUCUUCAAAGUCUCCUCCUACCAAACCUGUCAACGGUGUCUCCCAGAGAAUUGGUGAUGUUUCCAAAGAGAUUAAGAGAGUAAGGGCGCAAAUGGAAGAAGAUGAACAGUUGGCGACUCUCAUGAGAGGUCUUCGAGGUCAGAAUCUUUCAGAUUCCCUCUUUGCUGAAGAUGAUGUUCAACUACGUCUUGUUGAGGUAGAUGAAAGUAGUGAGUUUUUACCAUUGGUGUAUGAACCGGCUAGCAUUACUGCAUAUUGGGGGAAACGUCCUCGCUCCGUGGCAACUCGCAUUGUACAGUUAUUAUCUGUUGCUGGAGGUUUUCUUUCACGUGUUGCCUGGGAUGUGAUUAACAAGAAGGUUAAAGAGAAUGAAGUUGCCAGGGCUAUUGAAAUACGUGAAAUUGUGACAUCUUUGGGUCCAGCAUACAUCAAACUCGGGCAAGCAUUGAGCAUUCGACCAGAUAUACUGUCACCUGCAGCAAUGACAGAGCUACAGAAGCUCUGUGAUAAAGUUCCUUCAUUUGCAGAUGAUUUGGCUAUGGCUCUAAUUGAAGAGGAGCUUGGUCAGCCAUGGCAAAGUUUCUAUUCUGAAUUAUCACCCUCUCCCAUUGCUGCUGCAUCUCUCGGACAGGUAUAUAAGGGCCGCCUCAAGGAAAAUGGGGAUUUGGUUGCUGUUAAAGUGCAAAGACCUUUUGUGCUAGAGACUGUUACCAUUGAUUUAUUCAUUAUCAGGAACCUUGGUUUGGCUCUUCGAAAGUUUCCUCAGAUCUCCAUUGAUGUGGUUGGGUUGGUUGACGAGUGGGCUGCUCGAUUUUUUGAAGAGUUAGACUAUGUAAAUGAAGGUGAAAAUGGAAACCGUUUCGCCGAAAUGAUGAAGAAAGACCUGCCACAGGUUGUAAUACCAAGGACUUAUAGCAAGUAUACAUCAAGGAGGGUUCUUACGACAGAAUGGAUUGACGGAGAGAAGCUUUCACAGAGCAAAGAAAGCAACGUCGGAGAAUUGGUUAACGUUGGAGUCAUCUGCUACCUAAAACAGCUGCUUGAUACUGGAUUUUUUCAUGCUGAUCCACACCCAGGGAAUAUGAUCCGUACUCCUGAUGGAAAACUUGCGAUACUUGACUUUGGGCUUGUUACAAAAUUGACUGACGAUCAAAAGUAUGGAAUGAUUGAAGCAAUUGCUCAUCUCAUCCAUCGAGAUUAUUCAGCCAUAGUGAAAGACUUUGUUAAACUCGGUUUCAUUCCAGAUGGAGUCAAUUUAGAGCCUAUCUUGCCAGUGCUUGCCAAAGUCUUUGAUCAGGCUUUAGAAGGUGGAGGGGCAAAAAACAUAAAUUUUCAAGAUCUGGCAUCAGAUUUAGCUCAAAUUACCUUUGAUUAUCCUUUUAGGAUACCCCCAUACUUUGCUCUUAUAAUCAGAGCUAUUGGGGUUCUUGAAGGGAUAGCUUUAGUUGGAAAUCCUGAUUUUGCCAUUGUUGACGAAGCCUAUCCAUAUAUUGCACAGAGGCUUUUGACGGAUGAAUCCCCUCGGCUACGGAGUGCUCUACGUUACACUAUAUAUGGGAAAUCUGGAGUUUUUGAUGCUGAAAGAUUUAUCGAUGUCAUGCAAGCAUUUGAGAAUUUUAUUACAGCUGCCAAAAGUGGAGGUGGAGAGGAUCUGAAAGGGGAUAUGGCGGAGCUUGGGAUUGUUACUAACAGGUCAGAAUAUCUCUUGCCGGGAUUCCAGUCUGUGAUACCUCAACAACAGCAGCCAGUGGAAACAAGGGCAGCCCUAGCAUUUUUGCUGUCUGAUAAGGGAAAUUUUUUCCGAGAAUUUCUAUUGGACGAGAUUGUUAAGGGCAUUGAUGCAGUAACUAGGGAACAACUGCCCGCAGCUCUUAUACCCACCAUUACUGAGGAGGAUAAGAUUAUACUAAACAAUGUCCAGAAAGUCCUGGAGUUCUUGACUGCAGGAAGUUCUCUGUCAAGCAUAUCUAGUCAAAGCACAUCUAGUCAGGCACUCAAUGUUCCUCAGAUUAUCCAAGAGCUUCUGCCAGUGUUGCCGGGUAUCUCUACUAAAGUGCUUCCUGACGUUUUUAGCAGAUUAUCUUCUCGGGUAUUCGCGCGAUUAAUUCGUGAUGCAUUUUUGUAA